AAGCACCGCCUCUCCUAGGGCCCCUUCUCUCCCCCUUUCCCCUCCCGCUGGUUCCUGGCGCAGCCAGAUGCUGCGCAGCGAUCACCGAUUCCCCAUCACCAAUUCGACUGGUUGUAGCGUCCCCGAGGCCACGGGCUCCCGUAGGCUCCCCGUGGCCCCGAGUUAUAGUCGGGACCCCUCGGUCGCGGGUGAUUGUCGGGUCUCCACGGGCCCGGGUCGCUGGGGCGGAUCAGGCCUCCGCGCCUUCUCAGGGCGCCCCGCAAGGCCGCAGGCAAGAUGAACAUUCUGGCGCCGGUGCGCAGGGACCGCGUCCUGACGGAGCUGCCCCAGUGCCUGAGGAAGGAGGCCGCUUUGCACGUGCACAAAGGCUUCCACCCCCGCGUCACCUGCGCCUGCCAGGAGCACCGGACAGGCACCGUGGGCAGAUUUAAGAUCUCCAAGGUCAUUGUGGUGGGCGACCUGUCAGUGGGGAAGACUUGUCUCAUUAAUAGGUUCUGCAAAGACACCUUUGAUAAGAACUACAAGGCCACCAUCGGAGUGGACUUUGAGAUGGAACGAUUUGAGGUGUUGGGCGUCCCCUUCAGUCUGCAGCUCUGGGACACCGCUGGACAGGAGAGGUUCAAAUGCAUUGCUUCGACCUACUACCGAGGAGCUCAAGCCAUCAUCAUCGUUUUCAACCUGAAUGAUGUGGCCUCCCUGGAACAUACCAAGCAGUGGCUAGCUGAUGCACUCAAGGAGAAUGACCCUUCCAGUGUGCUUCUCUUCCUCGUGGGUUCCAAGAAGGACCUGAGUACUCCUGCUCAGUAUACGCUAAUGGAGAAAGAUGCACUCAAGGUGGCCCAAGAGAUGAAGGCCGAGUACUGGGCAGUCUCAUCUCUCACUGGUGAAAAUGUCCGGGAAUUCUUCUUUCGUGUGACGGCACUGACCUUUGAGGCCAAUGUGCUGGCUGAGCUGGAGAAAUCGGGAUCCCGGCGUAUUGGGGAUGUUGUCCGCAUCAACAGUGAUGACAGCAACCUCUACCUAACUGCCAGCAAGAAGAAGCCCAUGUGUUGCCCAUGACGGGUGAGGGUACUGUCCAGAGACUGCCCAGCCCUGGGGUGGUGUGCCACAUUUACUCCCCCAGAACUCAACCCCUGGACAUUUGCACUGACUGUUUUUCCAGACCAAAGAGCUGCCCCUUGGUGGCAGUAUCCCCAGAGGUGUAGCUGGGACCAUGCUAGUCACUUCCUGCUCCCAGGCACCGUGCCAAAAACUGGAUGCCCCUCUCCUCCAGGGCUCUCCAGGUUGCCCAGUGGUAGGGAGGUGGGUGAGCCCUCCUGCUCUUACUCAGCCUGCUGGGCCCUCUGGGUUUGAGGAUGCUUAAUGGUCCCAGCCUCACACUAUGCCUUAUGCAUUAAAAUAUCUGUUAUUAGCA